UUGCUCUCGGCCAUGCCAUUUGGCUGGUUUGCAUCCUUUACGAGAUCAUGCACGUUCUUCAUGAUUUGCCCGCGAAUGACGGAAAGCCGCGUUCCAGUACUACAAACGGAAUUGAGCUGAAUCGGCGCUAGCUUGCUCCGACGGAGCGACGGAGCCAGAUCAUAUUGGCGCGAGGUCCCUUUUUAGGUUGGAUUGGAUACCGCUGGUGGCGCGGUAAGCGAUCUCUAGCGUCAGAUUCUGCUGCAUAUAAAGGAUGGUCGAAUUUAAGUAGUCCUCUUCAAGUCGCUUCCGACAACCAACCCCUCAGAUGUUGGCAACGCGCUCAGCCAUAUUCCUCUCGCUCGUAUCAUCCACUUUGGCCUCCUUCCACGACUUUGGCAUCCCAUACUCGGACGCGACUGUCAAUGUGCGCGCGUUCAAGGUGACCGGCGGUUACAUGACCGGUGGCGCCAGCGCGUUCUUGACCCCGGUCGUGCCUGGACACGAAAACAUCCCUGUCUCCAUGUACGCGUUUCUCGUGGAACACAACGGGACGCGUAUCAUGAUCGAUCUCGGGCUGCAAAGCGACCCGGAGAACCUCCCGCCGACCACCGCUGCUUAUUUCUCGAAUGGCUUUGCGAAGGUGGCGGAUGUGGCGGGCGGUAUCCCGAAGAUGCUGGUGGCGGGCGGAAUUUCCCUGCAGAGUAUCAAUGCUGUGAUGUGGAGUCACGCGCAGUUCGACCACAUUGAUGCGGAUUUCGCAGGGCGCAAAGUCACAAAGAUCGACUUUUCGAAGAACAACAUCACCUUCGGUGGACUGCAGGCUCUCGAUUACUUCGGCGACGGCAGCUUUUAUCUUAUGAACACCCCAGGGCAUAUGUCUGGACAUCUCACCACUCUGGCACGCACCACAUCCUCGUCCUUCAUUGUUCUCAGCGGCGACACCUACCAUCAUUCGGGUCAACUGCGUCCCCGACCGGAACUUCAAGUGGCGUAUCCUUGCCCCGGAGAGCUCGUCGAGGCAGCCAAAUCGGGGAUAUCGACCGACUAUUUCUGGUCCCCCGACAGCGAACUCGAUCCCGUCACUUCCCGGGUGUCGCUCGACAAAAUCGCCUCGUUCGACGCGGAUCCAGACUUCCUCGUUGUCGUUGCGCAUGAUACAACUCUGGAUGGCCUCCUACCUGUGUUGCCGGCUUACUUGAAUCAGUGUGCAGCCGAACAGUACUGCGUUCAGAUUUAA